AUGGAGACGGAAAUCUCCACUACAGCCGCUGGAUCCUCGGAUAACCCGAAUUCGGGUACCCUCAAGAGGAAGCGAAGGCCUCGGGCGCCGAUAGCUUGUGGUACAUGUCGAGCUCGUAAAGUCAAGUGUGAUGGUAGUUCGCCGUGCUCCAACUGCAUUCGACACGAAUUCUCGUGCUCGUACAAAGAAGGACCAGAAGACUCGCCCAGCAAGAGGGCGUCUUCUUACGAUCCCACUGGCCGCAUCCAACAACGCCUACAGCCUCAACCUCAGCUGGUCGCUCAGCCGCAGCCAUCGUUGCCUGAGCAUCUACAUCCAUCACCAGUCAGCCUAGAUGAGCCAAUCAAGCACGAAAUCCCAAUUCAGCCAAAUCCACAAGAGCCCAGCCGUAUGGACAGAGGUUCAUCAACAUCUUCAGAACAGGAAGUAGACGGCCUUGGCCAAGUCAACGAGCACACCGAGGGUGCCGAGUUUUACGGCCCCACUGGAACCUUCUACUUUCUUGCACGGCUUCGCUCUCGGGCGAACACGCAGAAACAACCGGACGUCGGCACGCACCGGAAGCAGAGUUCCAUCGUCAAUCUUUUGCACAGCUCAGACUACUCAACGCCCCCAGAUUCUCGCAUCCUCGGCCAGAACCAGUUCGGAAAGGCGAGUCCACAGAGUAACGGCGGCAGACGAGAGUCGUACCAGCAAGGCGUCAUUGCCGAUGUGGUUCUCAGCGCGGCAGACGCCGCGUUCGCGACAGAGAUCGAGCGCGAAUGUGUUCGCCUGUACUUUCAAAACCUACACAACAUCCAUCCUAUCCUCGAACAGAUGACCUUUAUUAAGAGAUGCGAGGAAGAAAUAUGGUCGAGGCUGUCCAGACCAGACAUCCUAGUGUCUUCCCAAAUGCGCCGGGAGGCUAGAUUUCUUGCUCUUUAUAAUGUCGUCAUCGCUAUCGGGGCCAUUACCGCGGGAGAGACUUCCUUACUCAUGGAGGACCAUACAAAAGAGUUCUUGGAUCGAACUGGACAGUCUGGCGACGAGGAAACUCUCUACCCGCCUAUUCGUCUGGCAAGAAGAUUUUUUGAAAGGUCGAGACUUCACCUAGAAGACAUAUGCGAGUCGAGCUCCCUCGAAACUGCGCAAACACUAUUUCUCAUGUCGGUAUUCGGUCAGAACGCAUUGAAGCCUCAUAGCUGCUACAUGUAUAGCGGCAUGGCGAUAAGGACUGCAUCAGCCAUGGGUAUUCCUACCAACAUUCGUUCGGAGACAAGUCCGGAGAGCUUGCUAUGGUGGUCGCUUUACUCACACGAGAUUGAAAUGUGUUUUUCUGCCGGGCGUCAAUCGGGGCUACGCGCUCCAAGCUCCUACUCAAUACCGUUCCCGAAGACCUCUGUGAGUCUCGUGUUCCAAGAUCAAAUGCAUAUUCACGUCGCUAAGACUACGGCAAAGCACUUCCCCAAUUCAGCAUACUGCCUGAUCAACCCUAUGGUUGAUUUGGCCAAGAUCCUUAUGUGGAUGACGGACAAUCUAGGUCUGCAUAGUAGCCACACAUCAUUCCAAAGGUUAUCUCAGACUGCCCUUAACUUGGAUCGGGAGCUGGACGACUGGAAAUCUGGCCUGCCGAGGCAACUCCGUUUUGACACAUCAUCACUGGAGGAUAGCGAGUUUGCCAUGAAGCAGAAGACUGUUCUCAAGCUACGUUUUCUCAACGCCAGAAUCCUUCUUCAUCGGCAGUUCAUUAUAUCAAAGACGCAAGAAGCGGAUCGUGCCACAGUCUCACGACACGUCACAACGUGCGUCAAAGCCGCCACCGAGACUAUCAAGUUCAUGCACACGAGCUACCUCCAUCGCCCGUACUUCAGGACAUGGUGGUAUAACUGCAUGUACCUACUAGAUGCCUGCAUGGUCCUCCUCCAUGUACUCAUCUCCAACAUCUGUCCUUUCCCCGCCGAGGAGGUGAUGGAAAACAUCGAGCUGAGCCUCGACAUCUUCAAAGCAAUGAAGAUGCUCGCAGUGGCCAGGAGAUGCGCCGAUAUCGUCAAAGAAUUGCUCAACGUCGCUGCAAAGACGCAUUCAGUACAGCAGCGUCAGACGAGCGUGGCCACGGAAGCCGAGCCCGCCCUCAAGAUUCACGAUGACGUGAGCCAGCUGAUGCAUACGUCGCCCGCAUUCAUGUCGGAGGGCAUGGGUCUCCACCCGGGGGACACCGAGCUUGGAGACGCCCUGAUUCCUGGGGAUUUCGAUGCAAACUUGGUGGACCCGAAUGUUGUUUGGAAUUUCUUGAAUUUUGAGCAUUGGAAUGCGUGGUCUGAUGCAGCCUUCAGAUAA